AUGAGAACUUGUAGUCGGAAGCUUAAACUCUGUAUACCUGUCUUUUUUACCGUUACACUUACGAUAUUCAUAUUGCGGCUCUCUAACGAUCUGAAUUGGUUCAAAUCAAAGCUUCCAACGCAAGAAGCGAAGGCCGAAGAGAACGUGAGCAGGCAGAAUUACCAGACCCCGCAAUUCCAGAGUCCAUUGGCAAAACCGAUGCCCUAUUUUCGGCCACAGUCCACUUUUAGCCGGAGAGCUAGCUGGAAGCAAAUAUUGACAUAUCCAGGGGCUGUGCUGCCGCCCUCCUAUCGAUAUAGUCGAGGUCGCACCAAUGUCACGUGGGUGUUGGGUGUGCCAACAGUAGUGCGUCAGAAGAAGAGCUACCUCUUGGAAAUGCUGAAAGAGCUCAUUGGAGGCAUGAAUGCGAGGUAUCAAGAGAGCUGCCUCAUCGUUGUGUAUGUGGGUGAGACAAUAGAUUCACGUAUUAGGAGUAUAGUGAAAGAAUUGGCUGACAACUUUGGUGAUGAAAUGAGGCAGGGCCUCCUUGAGGUUAUAGCACGACCCCCGGAUUACUAUUCCGACUUCGAGAGCGAUUCCCAAACACUUAACGAAAACGAAAAGUAUUUAAGAUGGCGUACCAAGCAAAAUCUGGACUAUAUGUUCCUGAUGUCGUACGCCAUGUCGCGUGGCUCCUACUACCUGCAAUUGGAAGAUGAUGUGAGAGUGAGGGACGGCUAUUUGGACUACAUUGGGAAAUUUACAUUGCUGCAUACAAAUUUUCGAUUGAGUCAUCAUCGCAGUUGGAUUGUGCUUAGCUUCUGUGAGCUGGGCUUCAUUGGCAAGCUCAUCACAAUGUCGGAGCUGAAGGCAUUUUUAAAGCAUGUCCAACUAUUCUACAAUCACCAGCCCAUCGAUUGGCUGCUCUAUUCAUACGUACAACUCAGGGUCUGUCCUUGGGAUAGCUUUCAAACGCCAGGGUGUAAGAAAGAUUUUGACUCAUACUACAUAAGAGCGGACCAGUCGCAAUUUCAGCACCUGGGUGUAGAGUCCUCGCUGGAAAAAAAAGAUCAAAUGCUGAAAGACUCUAAAUAUAAUCAACAAAGUGGACGACUGCGUAUAAAGCAUUUGGAACAGCCAUGGAAUUUAAUAAGCUCGCACCAAUAUUCCCUCAGAUACGAUCGACUGAAAUGGAAAGUGGGCGAGACCUUUAUUUGGGGUUAUCUGCCUCAGGCGUCUAGGCUCAUUGAUUUCGCGGCGAGCCACCAGUACGAUGCAAAAGAGGUACGAAUACGUAGCCAAGGGGUUGAGGGGUUUGACGACAUCACCGUCGAGCUUUAUGACCGUAUACCCACUCUCGAAAGAAACAGCAGUACGACAAACGAUUGUGGCUUUCUUAUGGCGAUAACCUACCUAGGCGGUCUGACAAGAUCCUAUCGUCGGAUCUUUUUUUAUAUGCGAGAGCAAGUGGAUAUGUAUGGCAAUUGGACGGUUCUCAGGCUGUUUAGACGCUUCUUCUGGAGCAACGGAAGUUGUAACAAGUUGGCCCCCUGGACACUGGUGUUAUUGCUUCAUAGCGUUAACUGGACUAACUGA